AAAGGUACAUCUACAAAUCAGAAUCUUCUACUUCUACUUGGUAUACUUUUGAGUGCUGCUAGAGUGAUGAGUAACUUUUUUGAUCAACCCAUUUCAUCGACACAAUAUUUCACUAAUGCCCCAGACGCACGCACUCGACGAGAAGCCACUCACUCCUACUUUAAGUGCAAAGUAUUUGUCGAGCCAAAACCUCAUUUAGAUAGUUCAGAAACUAUCAUUCACCAAAUUACACAUCCUGCUUCUCUUGAUUCAAUUAUCGACCGGCAGGUCGUUCUUCAAAGUGACGAUAGAAUUCGGAAGUCUGUGAGAACUCACCUCUCCGAUCUAAAAUCAGAAAAGGAAAUUUUGGAGAUAGUAAGGGCAAAUACAUCAAUUCCUGUCCCUCAAGUAUACGACUAUUACAAAUCAGCGGAGUUUGAACAUCUAAUCCUGGAGAGGCUCCCUGGUGUGACAUUAGAGGAGGCCUGGCCGACAUUGGAAGCUCAAGAAAAGACGAGGAUAGCAGAUGAGGUAGUCGCCCUUCUAGGAUAUAUACGAAAGCUACAUUCUCCACACAUCAAAGCAGCCUUACUCCACCGAAAACCUCCUCGAUCCGAUAUAAGAGACAUCGCGGGAUUAAAUCAAGAAAGGUUUGGAGAAUUUUUGAACAAUGAACAUAUUUCUACAUAUGUCACAGCCAGAACUGAUUGUUUACUUUCCCUCCCAAACGUGCUGUCUCAUGGUGACUUGGAUUGGAGCAAUAUCCUAGUUGCUGACAAGAAGGUCAGUGGUAUCAUUGAUUGGGAAUGUAGUGGUUAUUUCCCUGCAUAUUGGGAGUGGGUAAACAUCAAACGGUUCUCAGAAACCUUGAAGUCAGAUGGUUUUUGGUGUCAAUUAUUGGAACGCAGGAUGAGGCCGUCCGAUUGCACACAAAGGAAGGGAAUAUGGGAGUUAGAACAGUUACACAAGGCCCUUGGACAAUACACACAAUGGGGAUUAACAUCAGAAGCUCGACAGGCGAAUCGCGCGCGUGGAUGGGCUGAGGUCCGUAAGAUAGUUGAACUUGACUCCGAGUCUGCCCCUCCUGUCUAUUAUGCGAUCUCGACGGAACAUCCAUGGUGGCUUGAGGACCGUCACGAGUAA